AUGCACAAGAUUUUACUUGAGGAUGGUUCUAGAACAGCGAGGCAGACCCAAAGGAGGCUUAAUCCUUUGAUUCUCAGUGUUGUGAAGAAAGAGGUAACCAAACUCUUGCAAGCAGGUAUCAUUUAUCCUAUCUUUGACAAUAAAUGGGUAAGCCCAGUGCAGGUUAUACCUAAGAAAUAUGGACUCACAGUGGUUAUUUUCAUAUUCAUAUUGCACCAGGAGCUCAAGAAAAUACCAUUUUAUGUGCCCAUUCAAUACAUUUGCUUACAGGAGGAUGCCUGCAAUGCUCCUGGCAUGUUUCAGCGAUGCAUGAUUAACAUUUUUGCUGAUUUUAUUGAAAAUUACAUGGAAGUGUUUAUGGAUGAUUUCACUGUUUAUGGUUCUUCAUUUGAUGCAUGUUUGAACAAUUUAAAUUUGGUUUUAGAGAGAUGCAUCGAAACUGACCUUGUUUUAAAUUAUGAAAAAUGUCAUUUUAUGGUCGAACAUGGAAUUGUUUUGGGUCACAUAAUUUCUGAAAAAGGAAUUUCAGUAGACCCUGCUAAGGUUGAUGUUAUUUCUACACCGUUUUUACAGAAGCUUCAUAAAGGAGUUCAGCAAGAUAGCUCCUCCGUUGUCAAACUUGUUGAAGAAUGA